AUGUCGCUUGAUCUGUCCACCGUAACCGCUCUGGGUGUACCUGUCGACCCGUCGAUUGACACCAACCCCCCCGUGAUGCCACGCGGUUCCACCCCCGGGCUGCUUCGUCGUCCCAUAACGUCCGGCACAUCCAACGCCCCAAGCGUUGAUGACAUUGUCACCGACCCGCCACAUUCUACUCGUGGUCAGCUGCCCGUCCCGACUGUUUCACCGCCACCCAACACGUCCCCUACGGAGAACGUAUGGGAGUUCAUGCGUGAAAGUCGUCGCCGCGCUGACCGCGCCAGCUCCAAGGCUGAUAUCGGCACCCACCGUCCCACCAUGCCCCAGCUUACACCCCUCCUGGAACUCUUGAACUCUGGAGCUUCUGGAGGUGCACUGUUUGACGCCUUCGAGCCGCUUCGUCUUGACGUGAAGAAGCCAGUGGUCUGUCGCGUGCAGAUGGACACCGGUUCCUACACCAACACCAUUGACGAGGGCAAAGCCAUGAAGGCUGAUUUACGGUCGAGGGUGGUACAACCACCGCAAGGGUUUCCAACGCGUUGA